AUGUAUCACUUUGUGUCCGAACAGAUGCCGGAGCUUCGGCUAUCGGCGGAUGCUCUAGUCACCAGCCAUGUGACACAGUACCUGAAGAGUUUCCAGCUGGAGGCGGUUAAAUAUCUCUAUGAACGCCUGAGUAAGCGGGAAUUCUGUAUACUAAAUGAUGAAAGUGGUCUGGGGAAGCAGGCUACAGUGGCGGCGCUCCUUAGUGCACUGGCUCCAGAGAAGAAAGUCUUGCUAGUGCUUCAGAACGAUGACCACCUUCUUGCCGGCUGGCGAUUUCAUCUGGACACACUAACCGACCUAGCGGUUUACAUCAUCCAAGAUGUCCAAGACACCACGGAGACACCGCACAGCGUAUAUCUUGCCAAGUGGAGCCAGCUGCGUAGCAUCGGAGAUCUUAGCCGACUGAAGUUCGACUACAUUUUCGUGGACAAUCGCGGUCACUCAUUAAACAACAGCUUCUGCACCUCCAUGCUGCUAAAGCAUUAUGAGGGCCGGGUAAACAUGGUUAUCUCCAGUGUUGACAUUACGUCGGAUGUCAAGUUGCUGUUUAAUAUUUUGCGCUUGGGCGGACGUCUGGAGCAUCAGUAUCGGAACUUCCAGAGCUUCAAUCGAAAGUUCCAUCUUCCAGACCCGAAAGAGGUGUUUGAAAAGUGCGUUGAUCUCGAGGAAUACUACAAGCAGCGGGGAUUCCUCAGCGACUAUAUAAAGGACUUUCGGCUUCGCCGUUUUCGCCAUCAGUUCGAUACGACCCUGCCACUCGUCACAGUCGAGCAAUACAAGAACAAUCUCAACCUGUGGCUGGCAUCGCAAAAUAGCCAGAGCACGCUUAGCGGCUCCUCAGAUGUCUGUUCCACGAUCGCAUCUGUGGAAAACAACCUCCAUCGGGCAAACGAAGAUUCUGACAAGCUGUCCGAGCACAGUGAUGAGAUCGUGGCCAUGUCGCCGCUUAGAUUCGAAUCAUCCGACUCUGAGGUUGAGCCCAUCAUUUUGGAGCCGUCACCUGAAGCCCAAAAAGUCCUUGUGGUCUCCAGCGACGAUUGUGAAAUUGUAAUUCCCACAAAGCUCUCUCCAAGCGUAACUAAUUCUCCGAGACUAACACCAAGAAGGAAGAAGAGAAUGCCGCAAAAGAAAACAUUGCAAAUCCCGGACUCGUCGUCAUCGGAGGACGAGAAGGAUGAAAGUGAAGAGAAGGUGGAUAAUAAUCCCAAGCCCAUAACCCCUCCAAAAAAAGUUGCUACUCCGAAAAAAGCAAUGAAGCUUAACAUCCGACUCAAGAGGAUGGAAGUAACAGUAACUCCUCCAAAUACUGAGACUGCUCCCCCACUCGCCACCCCGAAAACCGAGCCAUCGGUUGGAAGAGUUAGGCGUAAAAGGAGUAAACAGGGUACUACUAGUCCAGGUGAUCGUCCUGCCACUCGCGGCAUGCAGCGUUUAACGAGGUCCGCCGAAUCCAAGCUCAACAGCAAAUACGUGAAACACCACAGGCUGGAGGAUACAAAGCGACACACUCCCAGGCGGAUCAAGGUUGAAGCAACUCAAACGCCCACUACAAGCAAGCCCAGAGUGAAGCGAGAGGAGAAGGAAAAGCCAACUAAAGAGCCGAGUAUAGAAAGUGCACAAAAAUCGGAGGCCCCAACGACAGUAGAUACUCCUAAAAGGAAAAGAGGGCGCCAAAGGAAGUGCGAAGAGGAACCUCAGCCAACAAAAGCAUCCAACAGUAAACCAGAAACCAAUCAUGUAACACCUACUCCUCAAAUUUUAAGCGGCAGUUCAUUGUCUUCAGAGUAUCUGCAAUGUGCUCAGCGCUUCCCUGACAACCUAGACAUGUUAGAAGCUCCCACUUUUCGAGUACCUUUAACACCUCAGCAGACCCCAAUGAUUUUAAGACUCCCUUCGGCUAACCUGCUGAGCGAUUCAGAAGUAAUUGAUGUUUCGCAAGGAAAUCAACCAGCGGAGACUGUGGUCAUAUCCAGUUCUCUGGAUGAGAGUUCGCAAAACUGCCCUUCGGAGAGCCGGCGCACAAAGGCUUUAAAGCGUAAAAGAAAACCGGAGCCAUCGCCGCCAACGUCAAGUUUUUCUGUAGGCUUACCGCCUCCGAAGAGGAAAUCGAACAAGUCCCCGGAUAUAUUCAGCAUUACGUCGGAUUUGUCGCAGAUUCCCUUGGCUCAACCGCCCCCCGCAUCAACUCCCUUCGAAGGCUUCAAGAUCUUUGGCUCUGAGGUGAAACAGUUUCAACAGCAACACGCUACCACGGGUGCAGCUCUUUCGAAAAAGAAGAGAGAACGGUCCUGCCUGGAUAUCCUCGAGCAAAUGUUUGAACCUCGCCAGCGAACGCAGCAGGAGCCAUCGAAUCCCAAAGUCUUGCCCACCUUGCCGCAGACACAGAAGCAGAGCAAUGCACCCACCAUAACCCAGAGAAGACAAACAAUGGUGGAGGAGGACUUCUUCGAGAUCACCAACAAUGGAGAGUUCGGCAGUCGCAUGAGAUUGAACUCUUCUGGCGACGUGUCACCCGUUCAGACGGAGCAACCGAGUGCCAAGCCAACCCAGGCCAACAAAAUUACAAAAUACCUGAUCGGUUCAGGAAUUACGCAGGAGAGAACCCAACCGAAUCGUAGUACUUCCUCUGCAUCGCAGGCUGUGCGCAAGUCCCCCAAAUCCCCAAAACAAGGCGGGAAAAUGGCUCAGGCAACCAAGCUGACCCGGUGGUUUGGAACGGUUUUCGGAGGGUCUUCGCAGACCAGCUCCGUGGAGUCAGUCAGUGCUCCCAGUACGCCGGUAGCUCCAUCCACUAGUGAAGCGGCUUGCCGAGCGCGAUCGUCAAGAAGUGGAGGACCAUCUGGACCCACCAGAAGAAAGCGGCUAGAUCUUUUCAAAUGACAUGGAAUGUUUUAAACGGAUACUUAAAAAGUUGUCCCAAUAUAUAAUAAGUUUUUACGAACUGAAUCCUUAAGUUUAUGAUCCGGAUUUUAGGAUGUAUUGUUCUCUAAAAUUCGGAUCAUAACUUUGGGAUACACAUUUAAUCAAAAGCCAAGCAAAAGUUAACAGCAACUUGGAAAAAGACUUCUUUUCAGUAGGUUGUAACAUAAACAUGGUAGCAUGUUAACUAAAAAUCGAAAAGCCAAACAGCUAUUAACUAGCCAAUUUAGUUAAAUUUCAAUUAUUUGUGCACGCUUUAAAGACUACACCAUGCAAUAUUGAAGACAGCAAUUGGAAACCUUAAUUUCUUGGAAUUUUAAAACUAAAGUAGAUUGAUUCGACAGAAGAAAUGUCGAUUUUUAAUUUAAUAUUCUUUAUCCAAACGAUAAUAAUUGAGUUUAUAAUUUUGAAGAUGUAUUAUAUUAUUUUAGCACAUAUUCGAAUGGCUGAAGACAAAAUAUUUAAAUGUUUUUAUUGGAUCAUCUUAAAGAUUUUAUCUUAAAAAAAUAAAUGGAAAGUGUAGACUCUCAAAA